CGCUCUGGGCGGCGGGAGGCCGGCUCCGUGGGGCAAAAUGGAGGAGGGGAUGUACCGGGCCGUGUCCGGGGGCCGCAUCGCGCUGCAGCGCCGCCAGUACAGCGCCUCUUGCCGGGAGUUCUCGGUGCGCUGCCCCCGGCUGCAGCUGCGCUCGCUGAGCGCCGCUACCUGCUCCGUCUGGCUGGCGGCUUAUGGGCUCUUCGUGCUCAGCCAGAACAGCAUGGUGCUCUCAGCUGCUAUAUUUAUCACUCUGAUUGGCUUAAUCGUGUACCUGCACUUUGUGAAAAUUGACCAGGAGUCCCUGUUAGUCAUUGGCUCACUUGGCAUCCAGAUGACCUCAUCCUAUGCUUCGGGCAAAGAGAAUACAACCUUCAUUGAAAUGAGCCAAGUGAAGGACGUAGUCAUCAAUGAGGCCAUCUAUAUGCAAAAAGUUAUCUAUUACCUGUGCAUCCUUCUCCAAGAUCCUCGGGAACCUCAUGGGGUGUCUGAGGUGGUGCCUCUGUUUCAGAGCUCCAAGCCACGUCUAGACUGUCUGGUUGAAGUGUACCGAAGUUGCCAAGAAAUCCUGGAGCAGAGGAAGACUUCAGACUUCACCAGGACUUUAAACUAAAAAGCUCAUCAAGGUGGAAAACUCACAGCAAACUAGGAUAGAUUGUAUAUAGUAAAUGAACUCAGAGGUUAGAAUAUUCAAGUUGGUGUGUCACACAGAAACUGUAACUUGUAUCCUGCGUACAUGUAGCAUUCUGUAUUACUAAAUCUGAGCUUUAAUUUAAUGCCAAAAUAUAUAUGUGCAACAGGACAGAGUUACAAUUAUCACAGGAAUCCUGGAGCAGAGGAAGACGUCAGACUUCACUAGGACUUUAAACUAAAAAGCUCAUCAAGGUGGAAAACUCACAGCAAACUAGGAUAGAUUGUAUAUAGUAAAUGAACCCCAAACCAAAACAGUCCUGCAGUUGUCCUUCACUAGAUGGUGCAUGUAGACUGUGAUCCAGCAGCAAGUGAAGUUGUUACUAGUGUCCUUGCUGGUGGCCCAUUGUUAUGGAAAAAAUUUCAGCCCAUGCACAAAAUCUAUCCUUGCCAAGAUGAUGAUGCUGUAAAAGUUAAUGAUAAAUUUACUUAGCUGCCCAAAAUAUUAAUGCAACUCAGAUCAGUAGAAUUUUUCCAAGACAGGAGCCUCAGGAUGGGAUUUCCUUCCCCGCUGCACACCCUGCCGAUGGAGGGAAGGGACUGGGUAUGGGAAGAUCAACAAAUUUAUACUCCUUUAAUAAAUCCUGAAACAAAUUCUGAUAAGCAUACAAUACAGCCUUGGCCAGAUUGUCAAUAAACCCACAAAGAACAAGCAAACCAAAUGCCCUAUACAGUGAAUAUUUGUGCUACAUUUUUGUUGUGAAAUUCUUCAAACCUUUUGUUUGAAAAAGGAGGUAUCAUCCCUAAACGGGCCAAAGCCAAGCAGAUGUGCGAAGAGGACAGCUCUGGUUUUUAUUGGCUUGUGCCCUUGGGAGUAUUUCAUGGUGUGAAUUUGUAUUGUACCUCAUUGAUAUCCUGAAGAUUAUUGUAACUUUUAACUAAUAUCACCUAGAGGUGUGGGGCUUUUUUGAAUUCUUGCAUAAUAUAACGUGGGCAGCUCAAAUUUUGUCCAUCUAAAGGACAUGUCAACAGCUCAUCAGAAGCUUGUGGCUCACACAAAUUGCAAAAAAAUGGAGCUAGGUGUGUCAGUAUGCAGUGCUCCAGCUGCUACGAUGGCAGUGGCUCUGAAAAUGUUAAAUUUACACUUUAGAAAGAAAUGCUGCCUUAUUACAUGUGACUAAUUGUUAGCCCAUAAGGCAAGAGCUCUGGGUUCUGCCGCUGACAUCUGGGUGGCCUUGGUCAAGUCAUUUAACCUGUCUGUGCUUCAGUUUCUCACCCAUACUUUAAAUCAUGUCUUAAUUACUGAAGUCACACCUGGAACUAUACAAACUUUAAGAGCUAAAUCCUGCCCUGGCAUAAGCUGGUUGGACUUCGCUGAACUCAUUGAAGUUGCGUCCUUUAAGAGUGGGUGCUGUAAGCCCAGGCAUAAUUGAGGUUUGGCCUUUUAAGAGUGGGAAGCCAUGGGAAGUGUGAUUCCAAGGAGGGAUUGUUUGGGGUCCUGUGACUAGGAACUCAUGUGACUAGCAAGACUAUGUAAGAAGCAGUCUGUGGUUCAGUGAGAGAGGGUAAUGAAGGUAUGAGAUGGGGUGGUUUAUCCUUGAUAGUAGGCCUCAGGAGACAGCCAGGUCACUGGGUUCAACGGAGCUGGAAAAAGACAUGAGAGAGAUCUAGAGACAGGAUAGAGAAAGACCGUGAGGAGGGGCAUUGCCAAAAGGAAGUAAUCUGGGCAGGAUAGUGCAGAGGGAUGCUGAAGAGAGUUGAUGCUCAAUUAGAGGGUCUGGGCUGGGACUUUCAGUGAAAGUGGGAGGAAGUCCCCCAUCUACAAUUUUGUGCCAGCAGGGCAAAUAGACUGUUGAGCCCAAGGUGGUAGAAGAGGACCUAUAGCCCAAUGAGGGUGAAGAUACUAUGUGGCCCUCUGAGGGUGCCCGCUGAGUGAACAGGAAGAACUACCUAGUCUGAAGAGUGCUGGAAAGUUGUUUUUUAAUGCCAGAAGGGGUGGAGUUCUUUAGCUGGAAGCCUAAGUCACUUCAGUGACCCCAAGCACUGAGAGCUGGAGGCCCACCAGAGAGAAACAGUGGGUCAGAAUGGGAAAGUUGAAGCAGGUGCAUGCCCAGAAGCCAAGAAAAGGCCAUCUUUUUAAUGUACCCACUUGCAUCCAGGCUGGUUUUGGCUCCUAAAAGGUUAAGUCACAAUUUGACAUCAAACUGCUACCGAAAUGCUGAUUAUAGUAUAAU